AUGGAUCAAAAAAUUAUCCCGGUGGUCGGAGCCUCUCGGGGAAUCGGUCGCGAGCUGGUGCAACAGCUCAGCGCGAACCCUGACCACCAUGUUAUAGCUAGUGAGCAGAGCAUCUUUGACCACGGCUCCGUCGGUUCCUACUCGCUGACCAAGGCGGCGGGUAACAUGAUGAUCAUCCAACUGCACCAUGAACUGUGCGAGAAAGGGUUCACCUGCGUCGCGGUGCACCCUGGUUGGGUGGCGGCGGAUAUGGGGCGCGCCGGGGACAUGUCGAUGGAGGAGUCGGUCGUGGGAUAUGUCAAGGUGCUCUAA